AUGUCUUCCGGAAUUACAAGAUGGGGAAUUCAUAAAUUAAAAUAUCCUGAGCCAAAGUCAAAUUUUGGUGAAGAAGGAUAUAGCAGUCAUGCAAAUGGCGGCCAAGAACAUAAUUUAGCCAUGAAUCAAAACACCCCUCUUGAAAGGUUCGAAUCAAUAUCAAUAAACUUUGAAGAUUACCCAACAAAUGAAUUUGUUUAUAAUUUUUUAGUUGGAUAUACACAAGAAGUCGAUUUAUCAAAGUUUUAUGCUCCAACUGCAAUAUUUUCUGUUACAGUUGAAGAAAGCACUCCGCAGUCAGAAACAAUCAACGUAAUUCAACAAAAUUAUUCAAGAAACAUCUUGAAAGAUACAGAAGAAAAUUAUGUCACAGAUCCAUGUAAAAUUAUUGAAGUACAGAAAGACAUCUUCCCAUAUGGUAUUAGAUGGCAGCCUUCUUCAAUAUUUAGUUCAGAAAUUUCUCCAGGUGUUCAUUCUGUUGUUUUACACGGUUACUGCGCUGUAGAAGAAAACAUUACUUUGAGAUUUACAAGAUCAAUGAUCAUCGGAAAAGAGGGCGAUUUGAUAUUAAUAACAAAUGACCAUGUGUUCUUAUCAGAAAUUAAAGAGGAGUAA